AUGAAGUCGAGAAAAAUUUGGGCAGUUGAAGGAGAGGGAAAGAAAAAAAGAUUAUUUUUAUGGACAACAAUAUUCAGUAUUUUGGGAAUAUUGAGAAACACCUUGGUUAAUUGUGCGACAAUUACUCCAACAAGUAUGUUUGUGACGCAGAACAUGAUUAAUACAAGUUCAAGCUUUUGUUGGGAAUACUCAGGAAAAACAAUGUACCUUCCCAUAACAUCUACUUUUAGUACAGGUUGGGAUAACACUCUACUAAUCCAAUUCGAUUUGUCCAAGUACUCUAAGAACAUUCGUAGUUCUAGUACAACCUCUUACCUUUCUUUGAAAACUUACUGUGAUUCAUAUAAUUGUGUAUGUAAUGCGAAAUCACUUGUUUUAAAGUUUGUAAAGAUUUGUGAAGAUUUGUGUUCCAUGAAUACAAGUACAGCCAAAGACCCUUCAACAGUUGUCUCAAUUCUUGAGACAACUGAUUACGCUUCUCAAGACAUGCAAACAUCUCCAGCCACUAUUACUAUUAGAACUGAUUAUAUUUUUAAGUACAGUGGAUUGACAGAUAUCGCUGAUACCUGCAACUUUAAGUACUUUACUUUGGGAAUAGUUAAUGUUGGGAACUGUAAUGCAUGGGUGCAUGUAAACUCAUGGACGAUUGAUGGUAUAUAA